GGAGGCCGCUUGCACUAGCCUUGUGACUUGCUUAUAAGGUCCAGUGUUCACGGUUGGAGAGAGAACAUUUGCUGCGCCUGCAUUAGCCAGUGCUUGGAAGAAUCACCUAGAAACAUCUCUCCUCUGUGCAGAGAAACCCAGGGGAGUGUUGUAGAACUGAGCAGGCAGACCAUUCAUUCUGCAGUUGGCCAAAGAUCCAGAAGCAGAGCGGGUGUGUGAGAAACACCAGGAGGAAUUUGCUUUGUUGUCUGAAGAGGGGCCAAAAACUCACCUAUGUGAUCUGCACGGCACACCAAGAAACCAUGUUACAGCUUCCACAGAGACAACCGCGGAGCAGUGCGAGGUAGGAAAUUGCUAGACGCCAGAGACAUAUUGAACGGGUACGUGACUCCUUCUCACUCCCCCUCAUACUUCACAAUGCAGGUCAGGGGCUUCGGCAUUGGCUGAAAGACACAUCUCCAAUAUUACACGUCUGGAUGCCGUGAGGAGGGGAAGGUGCGGGCUGCAAUGGCUCUUUCUCCUGAACCGAGGCAAAGGACGCCGGAGUUCUCCCUCAACCCCCAAACUCUGAAGCAAUUCAAAGUGAAUGUGACUCUGGAUCCAGACACGGCAGGUCCUGAACUCAUCCUCUCUGAGGACCUGAAAGGUGCCAGAUGGGGAAAACCAAGUCAGAAGAUGCCUGACCGUCCGGAGAGAUUUGACACUGAUCCCUGUGUGUUGGGCUGUGAGGGAUUCACCUCAGGGAGACACUACUGGGAGGUGGAGGUGGAUGGGAUGUUCUGGACUGUGGGUGUGGCCAGAGAGUCUGUGAGGAGGAAGGGACAUAUUGUCUUUCGACCCAACACGGGAGUCUUGGGUUUGCAGAAAUAUGAUCACCUCUGCGUGGCGCUCACCAGCCCUUCCAACACCUAUGUGCCCCUCAAAAAUAACAACAAUGAGAUCGGCGUCUAUCUGGACUAUGAACUGGGGCGAGUGUCAUUUUAUGACCUCAGCAGCGAGGAGCUGCUCUUUGCUUUCCCGCCGGUCUCUUUCAAUGGGGAGAGAGUUUUCCCUUACUUUUGUGUAUUUUUGUCCCACAUAAAACUGUCCCCCAGAGGGUGAUGCAUGGCUGUGAUCCCAAGAAACUGGAUUCUCUGGCCUGUGGUGUCAUAGUCUCUAUGAUCCUAGAGGUUCUUGCUGAACCUCUUCUAGCUUCCAUUGCCGUACACUCUAUGACCCUGGAGGAUUACAAUGUUCUUGCUGAACCUCUUGUAGCUUCCAUUGCUCUACGCUCUAUGACCCUGGAGGAUUACAAUGUUCUUGCUGAACUUCUUCUAGCUUCCAUUUCAUUAGGCUCUAUGAGCCUGGAGGAUUACAGUGUUCUUGCUAAACCACUUCUAGCUUCCAUUUCCCUAAGCUCUAUGAGCCUGGAAGACAACGUCUUUCCUGUAGAGCUGCUCUGAGCUACCUUAUUAGUCUCCAUGCCUCAGGAGGACUCCCAUGUUUCCUCACAGAAAAUCCUAGGCUCUCAAUCCUGGUCUCUAUGGCUCCACAAGGAGUACAAUGUUGUUGCAAAGUCCCGUUUAGCUUGCUAUUUUCUAGUCUCUAUGCUCCUGUCAGAGUCCCAUGUUCCUUCAGACCCCCUGCUAGCUCUCUGUCUGCAAACUGGACCAUCCUGAAGUACAGAACGUGACACUUUUUAAUGGCAGAAAUUAAGGAAAGAAAAUCCUGAGUGGGUGUCUCGAUUCAGCCUGUAUUACCGUUGUGACAGAUAUUGCAAACACACACAGCCUCUUUGGGAGUGAUUGUUUCCACCUGAUAAAUGUGAUCUGUGAGCUUGAGCCAGAGCUUGAAAGUAUGAAAACUUCAGAGACUACUGUAUUCAGAUGGGCCGGACAACAUGGGCCCAUAGUAUAUUGACAGACCUAUGUAUCAAUAUGUGUAUUACAGGUAAUUGUAUGUUCCCGGCUCACUGGGUGGAUUUUCUGGGGAAUCUGGGAAGAUCAAUGCAAAGUCCUAUGGUUGGUUACACAGAUUCCCAGCCUUUAAGGAUUUUCCCCCUGGGGCAGGGGCACCGGCUGAUUUUACCUGCUUCAGGAGGUUGGGGACAAAUUUUGGGGUCUAAAGGGUGAGUUUAAACAGACUCUCUCAUUUUGAGCCAACAAACUGACAUUAAUCGAUAGGUCAAACCCUGUGAAGGAGUGGAAGGAUUAGAACCUGCCAGGGUCUCCAUAGGACUGAUGGGGGACCUCUGGGAAGCAGAAGUCUGCCUUUCCACUUGUUAUUGUUUUAUUGAUCUUUUUUCUCGGUAAGGCUUUUGUCCUUAAAUAAAUGCUCUGUGCAAACUGCCUAAUCACUGGGUGCCCUGAUGUUAGCCCUUGGCAGAGAGAGCGCAAAACUGCGGUGCUGAGAUAGGUCAGAUGCCUAUCUUUUCUCUGCCGUGCAAUGGUGCGAUAUAAAGGGAAAGCACACACGAAACGUUGGCGAGAUGCUAAAGAUCUGCCCUUCUGUCCUCUAUUUAUUCAAGUAGAACAAUGAGCCAAUAACAGCAGUAAAAGCAACAUGAAAUAAAUAUGAAGCGAGUGACUGGGAAAUCCCAUUGAGACACACAGAAUAAAAUAUUCCCAGCAUCCAUCACAUCACAAGCUUUUCCAGGUGGGGAAUUGGUUGUUUGGGAUUUGUUUUUUCAAAAUACUUAUUACGUUUCUUUGUGUAAUUUACUUUUCCCUGUUGCUCAGUAUCUGGUAGGAAGAUCCCUGAUUUUGCAAUAAAUAUUUGUUCCUAU